AUGGCCACCUCAGCCGUGACUACAACGGCUUGUCCUGGCGAAGACUUGCUCACCGAGCUGACUAGUGGGGUUCUGCUGGACGUAGAUGUGGGCCACAAGUGGUCUGAGCUAUCUACAUCUAUAGCGCCCGAACUUGUAGAGAAGGCUUUGCCUGUUCUGCUGGCCACGACUCCUUCUCCGGCCCUGCCAGUAGUUCGGAUAGCUUCUUUGGCACAGGAGAUAAUUGCACAUUAUCUAGCAGAGACAGUAGAUUAUUCUACAACCGUCCACCUCCAGGAGCAGCUAGAAAAGUGGGGCAGGCAGCAUAAUCUUGAGUUUGUUUCUACCAGGGCCGUACAGGACCAGGUAGACGGCCUUCUACGCAUGGAAAACAUGCACACUUGGGUAAAAGCGGCCUCGAUGAUUGAUAGUUUGAUAACAGAGGCUCGGGGCCGAGACCCUUCGGCCGCUCUAAUUAGGACACACCUCCUGGCUGCAGAGACGUUCACACGAAUAAAGCAUUAUAGCAAGGCCCGAUCUUACAUGAUGUCUGCACGCGCCAUGAACAUCAAACUCUCCCCAGAGAUGCACGCUCGCAUGGACGCAGUCUCUGGAUGCGUUUGCAUAUGUAGCGAUGACUACGCGGGUGCUGCAGGUUACUAUCAAGAGGCAUCCAACUUAGGGUAUCCCUGUGUUUCGCAGCUCCUUCUGGUCAAGACACUCCAGAGACGUUUCUUCGAGGUAGACGCAGUUCUGCAGAAUAGACGGAAGUACGCGACCCCAGAGAAGAUCGCCCGUUUCCCUCAGUGGAUGGUAGACGCAGACAAUGCAAUCUUACCCAAGAUUCGGAAGCUGGGGAUACUCCUUGAUGGGAAGCUUAACAAGCUCCUCCUCGAGCAGCUUAACACGCUAGUGGACGAGGUGCUUGCGGUGAAAAAUGCAGCGUUUGAGGUCUACACUGUUAUUCAAAUUAUCAGAAGGUCUGAAACACUGAAUUUUAUUCUGAAGAUGCUGCGGCCGUACAAGCGUGUCGAAUUGUCACACGUUUCAGGGUUCAUUAAUAUGAGUGAAGAGGAAGCAAAGGAAUACCUAUCCCAGCUCAUCAUCAACGGCGAUCUGCCCUUUGUAAUCGAAGAGGGCGCGGGCACUCUAAUACGGAUUGAAAGAGAACGGACCUCAAACACGGAAUUUAUUGAAGAAGCCACCAAGGCUGUCGACCUCGCAAGUGCGUUACUCACUUCGUGCAUCUCCAAGUCUAACAUCUAG